CUGUCAUCUCCAAUGGUCAUCUCCGAUUUUUUGUGAUCAUUUUCCUCAUUUGAUUUGAUUUGAUCAUUAUAGCUCUGAUUAUAGAAAAAAAGUUCAGAUGUAGAAGAAACAAUUUUUUACAUAUUUUUAAUUUUGGGCAUUGGGUAAUUUCCAUUUAUAUAAAGCAUUUGAUGUACAUAGUACAUAUAACUUCAAAACUGAUAUAAAACUUGAUAAAAAUAACAAAUAUUAAUUAAUGUAUUUGUUGAAGUUGUGACUCAUUGAAUUAUUUGUAAAUUUCUGGGUAAGAGUGAUUAUAUUAGUGAUACUGAAAAGUUUUCCACUGUGAUCUAGAUUAGUAAAAAAUUAGAUUGUUUUACAUUUUAUCCUUUUGGAUUUUGAGAGUAAUGAAUCGAAAUACGACUAAUUAUGGUUCGAUUACGGAUCCCGUUGUUGGCUUUAGCGGUACCAGUAAUGAUAUCUUGAGAAAUAGUUUAUUUGAUGAUAUUGUCACAAAUGUUUUCACAAUAAAUUCAAGUAUUAAAACUCUACAAGACGCCCUAAAAGCCAUUGGAACAUCUAGAGAUAACACAGGAUUAAGAAACACAAUACAUGUUACUCAACUAAGUGCCAAUCAAGUUGCUUCUGUUACAACAAAGGAUAUUAGCAAGUUAAAACAAAAAGUUCUAAAGAAUGACAAGCCAACACAACUUCAACUUGAAAAAUUGGAAGAAAAUUUUAAGGAAGCAAUUAGUAAAUAUCAUUCAUUACAAAAGCAAUUGGCUGAAAAGCAAAAAGCGCAUCUCUUAGUUUCUGUUAGCAUAGAACAUCCAGAUUCAGAUGAGGAAAAUAAUAGUGAACAUCAGCAGCAAGCCCAGUUAAGAAAAUUACAAUUUGAUCAGGAGAUGAUGUUGGAAAGGGAACAGAGGGUAAAGCAGAUUGAAUCAGAUGUUUUAGAUGUUAAUCAAAUCAUGAGAGAAUUGGGUUCUUUAGUUCAUGAUCAGGGUGAAUUCGUAGACAGUUUAGAGAGAAACAUUGAUCAUGCUACGGGAAAUGUGGAAGAAGGCGCUGAACAAUUAGUAAAAGCAUCAAGAUAUACAACUAGGUACAGAAGGAAGUUAUUAAUCUUAGUUAUAAUAGCAGCUAUUGUUGUCGCUAUAUUAAUAUCUAUACUUGUUACAUCUAUUAAAAGAUAGGGUGACCAAAAAAAUGCUUAAAAAUAUCUUAAGGAAUAUUUAUGGGAUAGAGUUACCUUUUGUGAUAAUUUUUUAAGUUUUUAUCUAAAAUGACUUAUGUAUUUUUCUUCUAAAACAAACAUUAGAUAUUUCAGCUUGUUUGUACGUUAGAAUUGUCUUCAAUUUCGAAGAAUUAUAUAAUUUUAUUACCUCUUCAAAUAUUUUUUGAAAUUGGCAAUGAAAUAAUAAGCAUAGUCUGCCCAGUGAGAGAAUAGACAGUGAAAUUUCUCUGUCAUAUUAUAUCAAAAGUAAUUUAUUUUGCCAUUUUUUAUGUCAUCUGUUGGAACUCUUUCUCUCACUGUAUUGGCUUUAGAUAGAGGUGAUUACAAGGGACAUUCUGAUAAAAUAGAAUAAAUAACGCUUGAAUGUGAAAACAGUUUGGUGAUAAAAAUAGAGCUAACUUUCCCCCACCACUUCAUUUGAUCAGAUUACCCUAUCCGAAUGGUUCAAUAAAAAAAAAUCCGAAAUUUGUUGGAUAUUAUGACGCCAUUAUAUGUAGUACCUAUAGGCAGAAUUUUCUGAAAAUUCACUUUCUUAUUUGCCAUAGCAGUUGCGUCCAUUCUACAAACUUGAAAACAAAUUUCAACAAUUUCUCACGAUCUCUUUAGUUUAAUUUUUUUCUCUUAAAUAUAUUUUUCGCAGGCUAGAACUAUUCUUAGUGGAACACCAAAAUUUUAGCAAAAAAUAUUUUUUUUUUGGAAAUUCAGCAGUUCAAUCCAGAAGUUUCCGAUGUCGCUUCUUGAAAUCGUCUCUUCUCUCGCCAGACAGACUUCUUAUCUAGUUACUAAAUAUUUGUAUGUACUAGAGAUCUUUUAUUAUUUUUAGAAUUAGCAGUUUCUUUAUAUUGUUAUUUUUAUUAAUUCUACAUAUAAAUGAUUCUAUGUAUUUUUUCUUAUUACCAUUUUGUACUAAAUAUUCGUUUAUUCUAUUAUGUAUAUUUAUAAACGAUGUACAGUAUGGCUAUUUAACUAUAUUUUAUAAAUAUUGUCUUAUUAUCUUUUGUAAUAAGUGCUAAUUUUUGUAAUGGAUGUUACCACAUUUUAUUCAAUAGCCAGCUGCUUUAUUCAAUAUUUGUUGGGCAAUACAGGCAUACACAUCUUUGAACCUCUUUUGUUGGUUUCCUCGUAUUUUUGGCUUUUAUGUCUGUUGGACUAAGGCAAGAAUGUCUGUAAAUAGUGGCGAGUUGGCAUCAUAUGGACGUUCUUAUUUUAUUUAUUAUGUUAUGUCUAUUUAGUUUUUUUUGUCACAUAAGAAAUUUGUUCGACUGUUUCACGCCAAAGGUGUAGAAGACGAAAAAGAGUUGUGUUCCAAUAAUGCAACUGUGCACACUAUCAGUGAACCAAAAGAGAGAAAACCCUAUUGACUGAAUUAAGGUAGGCGAAUAUUUGAAUUUGUUUUUUUUUUUUCAAUAAUAAUUAAAUAAUUUUAUAUUUCCUUUCCCGCAAAUUAUUGAUAUUUUUCUUUCUCGCAACAUUUCGCAAAGAACCGCAACUAUUUACAGUCAACUCAUUUUUUUAAAACUUAUUUAAUCACAAACAUAGGGUAAGCCACUACAAACUCUAAAUAGUUAUUGAUUAAGCUGUGGUACUCCUGAUCUAAUAAACGUUAUUAUAAUUAACGUA